AAAAAGCGGCAAAAUAAAAAACAUCAUAGUAUUUCUUUUUUUUUAUCAGUGAAAUUAUUAGUUUUGGAAGAAUUGAAAAGUAAAAAAACAGAGCAAAAUCAAUUUUUAUGUUGCCACUGGCCAAAGAAAACCAAAAUUUAGUUGCCAAAGACAAGAAUAUUGGGCAACUGAAUAUUUAAAAGUAUUUUGCUCUCGCAUUCCUUUCCGCAAAGAAGCAGAAGCAACAAUUAUGACGGAAUUCUCGGACACUACGACGGACACAACGACGGAGAUCGCAACAAAAUCCUUGGAAAUGGCCAAGGUCAAGGAUAGAGAGAUGGAGGAGGAGCAUGCAUUUCUCUCAACCUCACCGGACAGUGCCAAUGGUGAUGGCCUCAAGAAUGAUAAUAAUAAUGUUUGCAAAAAAACCAACAGUAAAGAUAAUAACCGUGGUGAUGCCAACACCACCAAUACCACCAACACAACCAUCACCAUGUUGGAUCUAAUCAAUCAGGCAUUCUAUCAAUGCAAUUGCGGCAAUCAGUGCGUCACUUUGGAUAACAUUUUGGAUUCAUUUAAGGCUCCACUGUCGGAGGAUCAGGCCUGGGCAUUGAUUUAUCAAUUCUCAUCGCUUUAUCAUAAAAUUGCUGUUCAGGCACAAAAUUGUUUAGGAGAUUAUGAUAGCGCAUUGCCGUAUAGAUUUGUAUUGCAUUUUCAUCGUGAUGGCUCGGUUCAUUUCUCCAUCAAGGACGAGAAGAAGAAGGAGAAAGAGACCACACAAGAGCAGGAGAAAUCCCAGGAGGAGGAGCAGCAGCAACAGCAAAUGAAUAGCAGUGCUAGCAGCAGUGGCAAUAGUAGCUUGGUUACAGCCUUUGAGAACAACAAUCAUCAUCACCAUCAUCACCAUCAUCACACGCCGCUAUUAUUAUCCCACAGAAAGAUUAUCGGUGAACUGGUUACAAUUGUUUAUACCGCGUUGGAUUACAAUUUGCCAGAGGAUGAAGAAUGCCAAUUAUCGCAGGAACUCAACAGUUUGUUCAACUAUAUGACAAUAGAUGAGAAUGACGAAGACUGCAUUGAUGAAGGCAUUGACGAGGGCGAUAAACGCUGGGAUGAUGAUGCCGAGGAAGAGCGAAAUCACACCAAAGAACUAGACUAUAUAAUUGAGACCUGUAGAAAACAUAUCGAGCCCGCUUUACCUGAGAAUCAUUACAAGGCCGUUUGUCGAGCUUUGGUUACCGAAACAAUAGAAUUACGCAUUUUCCUGCAACAAGUUCUAAAUAAUGGUGCCGCAAAACUAAUCAAAGCAUCAGAAUCAUCUCAAACCACUCAACAAGAAUUGGCGAAGCUGGGCUUCAAUGAUUGGGCUCGCUUUUGGGUGCAAGUGAUCGACGAACUGCGGCGUGGUGUACGCCUGAAGAAGAGCAACUAUGAACGGACACCAAUUGAAUACGAGUUGACGCCCUAUGAGAUACUCAUGGGUGAUAUACGAGCCAAAAAGUAUCAAUUGCGCAAAGUAAUGGUCAAUGGUGAUAUACCGCCGCGUGUUAAGAAAGAUGCCCAUGCCAUGAUAUUGGAGUUCAUCAGGUCACGGCCGCCAUUGAAGAAGGCCUCGGAGCGUCAAUUGGGGCCGCCAUUGUUGAAGUGCAUCCCAUCGCCGAGAGAACAAUUACUGGAGUCGAUCCGACAGGGAACGGAACUGAAACAAAUUACACCACCAAAACCACCAACAUUGAGAGAAAGAUUGCUUCCAAAUGCAAACUCUACAUUAUCACGUUCCAGACAGAGACUCAUCAAAGUGGAUUUCUCAAAGUUGCAGGACGACGAGCAUAUCUUCGAUGAAUCAAGCCUGAGCAGCUCCAAUUCCAUACAUCCACAUCACCAUCAUCAUCAUCAUCAUCUGUCGGAAUACCAUCGCUGCUCACAGCCCAAAAUGCCACCAUAUCCCAUUGGUGGCUAUAUAAUAGGCAGUCAGGCGAGACCAGAUUGUGAAGCGAUGCGACCAAGACGCACAACAACAGUGGAGCAGCCAAUGAAGCAACAUGAGCAGCAGCCACAAGUUCAUCCACAAGCUGAGCAAUCCUUAAUACAGGACGACAUAAACAAAUUCUACGAUAAUGCCUUGGAAUCCUACGACCUGGCCACGCAAUCUGAAUCGAAACGUAGCUCCCUGCGUCGUCACACCAUUGUGGGUUGUCAGAGUAACUUUGAUGAAAUGGCCACCGGCACGACAACGACGACGACAUCAAGCGGAACGAGUAUAAUGACGCAUUCAAUGCCGCCCACACGUCCCGAAUCCCGUCAAUCGGAUGGCCUAAAAGAGCUAUCCAACGAUAAUCAUCAUUCCUCAUCUCAACAAGCCAUGGUGGAUCAGCAACAGACUUUGGCAGGGUCAGCUGCUUCCACGGAAAACGCAGAUGCAGCUGGUUCAACAUCCUCCCUGGGCCCAUGGAAUAAAUCCUUUAUGGACAAACAAACGUGGAUGGAACGUGGUGAUGAUCGUCUCUCAGUGACAUUGGAGGAAAUUGUGCACAUACGUUCUGUCAUGACCAAAGCUGAAUUGGAGGGUUUACCCAUGGAUGUUCGCGUCAAGGAGGAUGUUGAAAAGCGUCGUGUUUGCUUUUUAUGUCUACGCACAAGAUUCUCAUUCUUUGGACCGUGGGGCAUACAGUGUAAGCUGUGUCAGCGCACUGUUUGCGCCAAAUGUUAUACCAAGAUGCGCAUUCCAUCGGAACAUUUUCGUAAUGUUCCUCUUGUAUUGAUCUCACCUUCAUUGCUAUCGAGUCCGGCUAGCUCAAAUACACCCUCACCAUCGCAUCAUCAGGCUUUGCAUGCCAACUCAACGGGCAACAUAAUGGAUGAUCAGUUUCCCAAAUCCUUAAUUGAACGUCUUUUGCGUUCCGAGUCAGAGCGAAAGACUCGCAGCACUGUGGGCAGUGCACCAUCAUCGCCCAAACACCAAAGAUCAAAUAUGAGCACACCAGGAAUUACCAUGGGCCCGGGAGCUUCAGCCUCGACAGCACCAGGUCAGGCAGUUGAAGCUCUGCAUGAUCAGGCAGCCAUGUCGGCUUCCUAUUCAGCAGCCAUGCGAAGGACAUCGGGUGUCCAGCAGCAUCAAUCGCAACCACAUCAGCAUCAUCAUCACCAGCAGCAACAGCAGCACUACAACAAUGUAAAUACCAUGUCCAGGAGCAUGGAAGGACCCCGCAGUUUGCCGGUGCACAGUCCGGCGCAUCGUCCUUUAUCUAAUAGCAGCACAUUGGAAAGAAAAUCUCGUUUCCCGCGCGGUUUUGGUCUCUUCUCAUCAUCGGGCAGCCAUUUGGCCACCCAUCAAAGCCAAGAUACUAAAGAGAAUCUACGUGGUGACUUGGUCACCGUUUGCAAUGAUUGCCAAGGCUUGGUCAAUGAGAUAACCAGUUCAGUGAAACAAAAACGAAGCUCGGCUAGAAAUCGCACCAUACAGAAUCUCACAUUGGAUUUAACGCCUGUUUGGAAAUAGGCCACGUUAAGAGAUAAUUCAAAAUUGUUAGAAGUGAAAACAAAAAACCAAAAUAUACA